AUGGCGAAAAUUGAGGCCUGCAACAACUCUGAUCUUGCAAUCCAUCUGGAUUCGAUCAACUCAUUCAUCCCUGGCCAAACCAUUACCGGUUAUGUCUCUCAAAUCUCCCGUUGGGUUGAUACUGAAACGAGUAUCAGCAUCAUUCUCCACGGUAGAUGCAACACAGCACUAUUCUGCAAUGAUUCUUCAUAUUGUAGCAGUCUAGAGCUAUUCGGCAAAGGGGGAGUUCAAAAGGAGCUUUUCAAUGGGGCCUUGCAUAUUCGAACAUUAUGCUCAGAGGAAGGUAAAUGGUUCUUUACUAUCGAUAUCCCCAGCCACCUCGAUCCUAGCUCUCUGAAAUCCCUUCCCUUUGGGAAAGCAUCAUACCUAUCUUUGUUGCGUACAGACCAGCUGGUUCUUCCGCCUUCCUUUACUUUGGGUGCCAGUGCUACCGUUUCGCGUCGCGGGUCUGCAGUUGUUGAGUACUAUCUGGAGGCCACCAUGGUGACUCCUAGCCCCGCCAAGUCCGCAAUAGCGCGCCUGCCAGUCCAAAUCCAGUGUGAAUCAUCCCCUUUCCCGAUAACGGAUUUUGACAUUGUAUUACAUUCUCGACAAUGCUACAAUGUUACCUCUCCUUAUCUGGUCUCCGGUAUGGAAAAUACGAAAAUUCCCAUGCGACAAAAGAUUGCCUGUGUAUUGGGGUUUCCCACGGCUCCUCGUCUCACAUUCCGGCUCGAAAUUUGCAUAGCUUCGGUUGUGCAGAAGGGCAGUCCAUACCACAUUCCCAUCAAGUUGCGAGCUAUACCGCAAUGGAUAGAUACCAGCCAAUGUGUCGCGAAUGCUCCCCAAAUCAUUGACAUAACUGAAUUCACUCUUGCUGUCCGCUCAACCUCAAGCUUCAUAGCCUACACUACAGACGCUGUAGCGGCAGUGACGAUUGUGCAUGAGGACCACUCGAUAAACAGAAUCGUGUUGGCAGAUCAUAAAAAAUUCAAAACGACAAACCAGAUAAACUAUCAAGUACUCCCAUCUGAGUCCUGUCUUAUCAGAGACCAUCCAUCGUAUCACAGCCCUCUAGCUUUACCGAUUGGUGACAACGUGACUCCCUUGGAUAUAGGUCAAAUUCUGGAUUUGAAACUGCGGCAUGAACAAUUCCCACUUGACGAAAUCCCAACUUUUAUCACCCACAAUAUCAAACGAACAUACGAAUUUGAAUGGAAAAUGAGUCUGGAGGUUGGCGGGAAAAUGGUGAGGGUCAACGGCAGGCAUCCCGUCUUGAUCAUGGAGAAGUCGGCACAGAACUAG